AUGUACAAAUACAUCAAUACUCUUGUCGGCGUUGUAAUGGUCGUGACAUUCAUAACAGUUUCAGCGGCCAAAAAAUAUUUUCAACUGGACGAAUGCCAACAUAAUGAAAACGAAAAAAAAGAAGCUCAUAAAAAAGAAACUAUUGCUAAAAAACGUCUAACACACUUUUCACAUGAAGGCUGUGCUCUCGCUUCUCUCUGGAACUCUCAACGUCCACUUGGUGAAUGCAAUAAGCCUUUUAAAAGUUCUCCACUAGUUCCUGAUGAAGAAAAACAGGAUAUGAAUAUUGUAAUCUCAAGUAGAUUCAUAAGACAUGCCAAUACUUCCGUUCUUAAAAUUUGUGAUCAGAAGAUGAAUGAUCAAGGAGACGAUAAUCAAUAUAAUGAUGAAGAAAGAUACGAUGACAAAUAUGAAGAAAUAUAUGCAAAUGGCAACUGUGAAAAUAGAGAAAGCAACUCAAUUUGUUAUAAGAAUUCCCAAAACAAAAAAUCAGAUGAACUUGUUAAGUGUGACAUAACCGAUGAAGAAAAAUCGAAAGCAGCAAAUUAUUUGGUGCACUCAUUUGAUGAUUUGGAUAUAAUAUUGAAAUUCCAAGACCUUAUUCAUAAGAUUUUUUGUCAUUUUUGA